CAUUUAUUUUAUUAAAGUGCAGGAAGUCAUGCCAUAAGCAUGGAAAAUUGAUAUAAGUAUCAACUUUCUAUGACAAAAUAAUAAUUAUAGAAAGAAAAUUCUUGACUUUUUGUUCAGAAAUAUGAAAUAUUUGAUCGCAUUAGCUGUUCUUGCGUUGCUGAAGAUACACGUACUCAUAGGCACGGAAGUUGAAAUCGUUCGAGGAAAGUAUGACAAAUUCACCAACAUAUUUGGGUGUAAAAUAUCAAAAGCAGUUUGCUUUAAUUCAACCUGUAACUACUGCACAUGUACAAAGCAUGAAACGUUCGUAAUGACGCGGGGUAAAAAUGGCGAAUGUGUUAAGACGGACCUCUUGUUGUAUGCUACAGAUGGGCAAGCGACAUUUCUUAUGGAAAAUAAUGGUGUUUGUUUUCAUCGAUCAAAACAUGGAAGCAACAUGUUCAUUACCGGUGGGCAAUGCAGUGAAAACGAUGAAAUGCAUUGGAUAAUUAGUAAAUUUGGUCAAAUAAUACACUGGAAGACGUUACAGUGUCUUUCAGACACUUAUCACUCCUGGUCCUGGGACAUAACACGUUCUGUAUUGUUGGAUGAAUGUGUGAGAACCAACAAGAAACAAUUAUGGAAGUGUAUUGAGCGCACAUAUUAUGUUGAAAACGUUAACACCCAGAAAUAUCUAACCUAUGAACAAAGCCAAGAAGAGGUAACAACAUCUUCAUGGUAUUACGUUCACUAUAAUGGAAAAUGGAAACCGCUGCAUUCAAAUGAAAGUAUCUGUCAGAAAGCCAUAGGUUGUGAAAUAUUUCAAGACGGAGAACCUAUCGUAAUUCUUGAUAAAGAGGAGUGUGCUAAAGAAAAGUUCUUGUGUUUGGGUGAAAAAAAGAUGAUGUUGCAAAAGAAAAACGAGUGCGUAAUACAACACGAUAAAAGUCAAUACUUAUACAAUGAUACGUGGAAAAAUUUUGUGAUGAAAGACAAAAGUUUGUCAAUCGAUACAUGGUCCUAUGGAGUUACACUGAAGUGGAAUUUAACAAACACGCCACAAGCUUGGGAAGGUUUGAUCGUCCAAAUAAAGUUUCGAUGCCAGCAAAGAUAUAGUUCUCGAGCGACAGAGCAUUGCGCGAUGAUAAAGUAUGCAGGAACCUUUAAAGGAUUUGUCGAGGCUAACGAAAACGAUGGCUUAAAAAAUAGCAUUAAAAAAGAAGAAGGAAAUGGAAGUUUGACUGGCUAUAAAAUCACGACAAGCAAUGAAAGUAUGGCAAACAACGGAAAUAAUAAGAUAAAUAGAGGCGAGACUCAUGACAAGAACAAAGCUGGAAAGAACAACAUAGAAAAAAUUGACAGCAGACAUAACAAUGGUAAAGGGGACGGUAAUGGAAAUAACACUGGAGAUGGUCACAGAAACGAUCGUCAAAAAGAAAAAGAGACAAAAGAGAAAAAGGAAAUCAACAGAACAAGUUCACUGAACAAAGGGAGACGUCGAACUGAAAUCAUAGCAAUCACUUUAAUUAUUGUUAUGGCGGUAGUCUUAGUCGUCAACCUUUUUCUUUACAAAAAAAGACACAGAUUUCCAUGUGUAAACAAGACAGGAAAAGCAAGCAAAGUUGUUCAUGAAAAGAAAGAGCAACAUUCAGAAAUGAUAAAAUCACCAGAAAACCCGACUUAUCAAUCUACAGAAGCAUCGCCAAACACAGUGUAUCAAUCUUCAGAAGUAUCACCAAAUCUGGUGUACCAAUCUGUAGAUGCAACAUCCAACCCAGUCUACCAAUCUGUAGACGAAACACCUGACCCUAUUUACGAAUCAGUAGAACUAAGCGAAGACAAAGGAAACGACGAAAUUGGGAAAUACGAUUACGCAAAUGCAGAGAACACAUUAUACGAAGGACUGGCAACAAAUGCUAAUGUUGAAAACUUGACAUACGGAAAAUAUAGUUAACACAAUUCAAACAUGAGGAUGCUUACCAAAAAUCAAUUUUUUUGCCGCAGAAAAUGUAAUCGAGUUUAUGGAUAUCAGAUUGAACAUUGUGAAUAUCUUCAUUGGUCUUCAUAACUUGGGGUUGUCAAAUAUCACGACGUUCUCGCAUUCAGGAAACGAUGUUUGGAAUUGGCUACUUUGCACUUGCACAUAUUAAAAAGAGUGACGAAGCCAGCCCGUUUUAACAAUGUUUAACCCUACACUGUUCUUAUCAUUCCAAUUUUUCAGCAAUAUUUUUAUUCAUUUCUUUAGAAAAUUAAAUUUAUUCAUUAUUGAACACAAAAUUGACUGAGAAAAAACGGGCUGCCUUCGCUAGCUACUGAGAACAGACAUUUUGUAAAAUCUUCUUGUAUAUUUUUUAUUGUUUGUUUUACGGAUUUCUCAAUCCUCCUAAUAAAAGAAUAAACUAUCUUGCCUUGUGUUUUGUGAGUAUUCAAAA